UCCGCGCCAGCAGCAAUCUGGGCGGAAGUGACAUCGGGUGAGGGCGGAAGUUACUCCAAGUGAGGGCGGAAUUGUUUGGAAGCUCUACUGACAGGCAGCAAAAGGGUUGUAGUGGUUACGUAGAAUCCAUCACAGAGGGAAUGGAGUCGUUAGGCUGUUCCGAUGAUUGGCAGCAGGAAGAUGGUGAAGAGGACCAUAUUCUCCUGCAAGACGGAGAGGAGGACCAUAUUCUCCUGCAAGACGGAGAGGAGGACCAUAUUCUCCUGCAAGAUGGAGAGGAGGACCAUAUUCUCCUGCAAGACGGAGAGGAGGACCACAUUCUCAUGCAAGAUGGAGAGGAGGACCACAUUCUCCUGCAAGAUGGAGAGGAGGACCAUAUUCACCUGCAAGAUGGAGAGGAGGACCAUAUUCUCCUGCAAGAUGGUGAAGAGGACUCAGGAGACCUGGAGCAAAAUCCGUUUGAUGGACUGCCAUUUUCCUCUCGGUAUUACCAGCUCUUUGCCAAACGCCGUACAUUGCCUAUUUGGGCUGUAAAAUACCAGUUCAUGGAGAGCCUUCAAACCAGUAACAUUGUGCUUCUGUGUGGAGAGCCUGGAUCCGGCAAAAGUACACAGGUCCCCCAGUGGUGCGCAGAGUUUACGCUUUCCCAGGGGUACAGCGAGGGCUCCGUCAUCUGCUCCCAGCCUUAUGCUGCAGCGGCCUUCAGUUUAGCUCUCAGAGUGGCGGAUGAGAUGGACCUGAACUUGGGUCAUGAAAUUGGAUUUUCAGUCCCACAUGAGGACUGUACCUCCGCUGGUACUAUACUAAGAUUCUGCUGGGACUCUCUUCUUCUCCAAGAAACCACCUCUAACCCACUGAUGCAGACUGCUGGUGUGGUUAUUUUGGAUGAGGUAGAUGAACGUACGGUGGCCACUGACCUUCUCUUGAGCCUCUUGAAGGACGUCACUCAGCAGAGACCUGCUCUACGAUUGGUGGUGAUGACAUCACCAGGACUGCAGCAACGUCUGGUUGACUUUUUAGGGACAAGUGCCUCCGUUGUCAGGGUUCCAGCCCAGGAACAGAUGCCAAGUGUUGUCUAUCGGCCUUCACACUCUCAAGACCAUGUCAUUACUGCGUGUCACAUGGUUCUGGAUAUUCACCGCAGAAAUGAGCCAGGAGAUGUUUUGGUGUUCCUGGCCAGUGAAGAGGAGGUACAGCGGUGCUCCAAAGCACUUUCAACAGAAUCGGUAUCUCUGAGUCCUAGUUUGGGGUCCCUGUUGCCUAUGACUCUCUUACCCGGUGAUGGAAUUUCUAUGCAGUCUGUCUAUGAGGACUCACACAGUGCGUCCGAUUAUGAGCGCCAUGUUUAUCUUUCAUUCUCUCUAGCAGAAUUGUCCUUCUCUCUUCCGGGAAUACGAUAUGUCAUUGACACUGGAAGUGAAUUACGAUCUGUGUACAAUCCUCGGAUUCGUGCAGAUUCUCAGGUGUAUCGGAGAAUAAGUAAAACACGUGCGGAGAUUCGCAGGAUGAGAGCGCAGGAUCAGCAUGGGAUUUGCUACCGCCUCUACUCGGACAGCGCGUAUGAGUCAGAGAUGACGGAGUUCUCCCCCCCGGGAAUCCUGCAGGAGAAUCUGAGCCGCAUGGUCCUCUUGCUGAAGCGGCUGGACAUCGCAGACCUCGGACAGUGGGAUUUUUUGGACAGACCAGCCCCUGAGACUCUCAUGCAGGCUCUGGAGGACCUGGACUACCUUGCAGCUCUGGACGAUGAUGGAAAUCUUUCAGAGGUUGGAAUAGUCAUGUCGGAGUUUUCAUUGGAUCCGCAAAUCUCAAAGACUCUCAUAGCUGCCUGCGAGUUUCAGUGUGUCUCCGAAAUGCUAACACUGGCGGCCAUGCUGACCGUUGCCCCUUGCUGCUUCCUGCCGCCUCCACAUAGUGAGUCUGUGCUCAGCGCUCGUCGUGAUCUGCAGGUUCCUGAAGGCGAUCACAUGACCCUGAUUAAUGUCUACAAUCACUACAAAGAAGAGGGUGACAGCUGGUGUGCCCAUUUUGCAGUAUGCCCGCGGGCUCUGCACCAGGCUGAUAUGCUCCGUGCAGAACUGACCGAUAUCAUGCAGAGGAUCGAGCUCCCAAUCUCUGCUCCGGCUUUCCCUGACGAGGACUGCAUGCUGAACAUCACAAAGGCGCUGUUAUCCGGAGGUUUCCUGAAGGUGGCCCGUGAUGUGGAUGGGCAAGGGAAUUACGUGAUGCUGACACACAAACACGUGGCUAAUCUACAUCCCUCAUCCGUGUACUAUGGCCACGCCUCUCCUCCCGCCUGGGUGUUAUACCAUGACUUCAGCAUCUCUCAGGACAACUGUAUCAGUGUCGCUACAGAGAUCCUGCCUGACAUGUUGUUGGAGUUUGCACCUCAGUAUUACCUGAGUAACCUCCCUGCGAGUGAGAGCCGGGAUCUUCUUAUGGAACUGCGGGAGACGCUUCAGGACCAUGAGACGUUCCUGGAGGAGGAAGAUGAUCCUGUGAGGGAGGAAGAUGGGAAGGACUCUUGCUGCGUGCAGUGAGGAAGACGUGUGCACUUUAUAUAGUUACUGAGCCAAGGCGGGAGCAGCCGCCUCCAGCACCAUAGUUGCUCUCAGGAGUAAGGACCAGUCCUGACGUAAUCCUGCCAAUAACCGCCUGAGAUUACAGCGGGGUCUAUAUGUAGCUUAGUGUGUAAGGUGUCCCUACAUUUUUGUCUGUCCUAGCACGUCAUCUGAUGGUACAUGCUGAGGAGAUAGACUAUGAAAGAUGGACGUUGCGACUUUUAUGACACGGUAUUUAUAGUUUUUAUACACAGAGAGCAUUUUUUCGUUACUGUUUUUACACUUUUCAUUUUUAUUUAGAAAUGUCACCUGCUGAGCCUGAAAUUGCCCUGACAGCCGUACGCGUGGGUGACCCACCUAAUGAACGAGUGGACUUUGUCUGUGUCUGAUAUAAUGUUUCCCGCACCUUUGCGUGCUGCAGAGAGGUGCUUACUUGAACUGCAUCACUACCUCCAUUCUCUUUCCAGAUAACACAGUCAGGUGCUUAUGUAUCUUCUUUUCCCUAUGGCCUGAUGGAGGCUUUGGUGGCUUAUAUGUAGGAGGCGAUAGCCAGUGACCAGGGUCUGAUGGAGGUUUGGUGGCUUAUAUGUAAGAGGGCCUGGUGGAGGUUUGGGUGGCUUAUAUGUAAGAGGGCCUGGUAAAGGUUUGGGUGGCUUAUAUGUAAGAGGGCCUGGUGGAGGUUUGGGUGGCUUAUAUGUAAGAGGGCCUGAUGGAGGCUUUGGUGGUUUAUAUGUAACAGGCGAUAGCCAGUGACCAGGGUCUGAUGGAGGUUUGGCUGUUUUAUAUGUAAGAGGGCCUGAUGGAGGUUUGGGUGGCUUUUAUGUAACAGUUGAUAGCCAGUGACCGGGGUCUGAUGGAGGUUUGGAUGGCCUAUAUUUAGGAAGCAUUGGCCAGUGACUGGGGUCUGAUGGAGGUUUGGAUGGCCUAUAUUUAGGAAGCAUUAGCCAGUGACCGGGGUCUGAAAGAGGUUUGGAUGGCCUAUAUUUAGGAAGCAUUAGCCAGUGACCGAGUCUGAUGGAGGUUUGGAUGGCCUAUAUUUAGGAGGGAUUAGCCAGUGAACGGGGUCUGAUGGAGGUUUGGAUGGCCUAUAUUUAGGAGACAUUAGCCAGUGACUGGGGUCUGAUGGAGGUUUGGAUGGCCUAUAUUUAGGAAGCAUUAGCCAGUGAACGGGGUCUGAUGGAGGUUUGGAUGGCCUAUAUUUAGGAAGCAUUGGCCAGUGACCGGGGUCUGAUGGAGGUUUGGAUGGCCUAUAUUUAGGAAGCAUUUGCCAGUGACCGGGGUCUGAUGGAGGUUUGGAUGGCUUAUAUUUAGGAAGCAUUAGCCAGUGACUGGGGUCUGAUGGAGGUUUGGAUGGCCUAUAUUUAGGAAGCAUUAGCCAGUGUCCGGGGUCUGAAUGAGGUUUGGAUGGCCUAUAUUUAGGAGGCAUUAGCCAGUAACUGAUGUCUGAUGGAGGUUUGAAUGGCCUAUAUUUAGGAGACACUAGCCAGUGAACGGGGUCUGAAUCAGGUUUGGAUGGCCUAUAUUUAGGAAGCAUUAGCCAGUGACCGGGGUCUGAAUGAGGUUUGGAUGGCCUAUAUUUAGGAGGCAUUAGCCAGUGACUGGGGUCUGAUGGAGGUUUGGAUGGCCUAUAUUUAGGAGGCAUUAGCCAGUGACUGGGAUCUGAUGGAGGUUUGGAUGGCCUAUAUUUAGGAAGCAUUAGCCAGUGACCGGGGUCUGAAAGAGGUUUGGAUGGCUUAUAUUUAGGAAGCAUUAGCCAGUGACUGGGGUCUGAUGGAGGUUUGGAUGGCCUAUAUUUAGGAGGCAUUAGCCAGUGACUGGGGUCUGAUGGAGGUUUGGAUGGCCUAUAUUUAGGAGGCAUUAGCCAGUGACUGGGAUCUGAUGGAGGUUUGGAUGGCCUAUAUUUAGGAGGCAUUAGCCAGUGACCGGGGUCUGAAAGAGGUUUGGAUGGCUUAUAUUUAGGAAGCAUUAGCCAGUGACUGGGGUCUGAUGGAGGUUUGGAUGGCCUAUAUUUAGGAGGCAUUAGCCAGUGACUGGGAUCUGAUGGAGGUUUGGAUGGCCUAUAUUUAGGAGGCAUUAGCCAGUGACUGGGAUCUGAUGGAGGUUUGGAUGGCCUAUAUUUAGGAGGCAUUAGCCAGUGACCGGGGUCUGAAAGAGGUUUGGAUGGCUUAUAUUUAGGAAGCAUUAGCCAGUGACUGGGGUCUGAUGGAGGUUUGGAUGGCCUAUAUUUAGGAGGCAUUAGCCAGUGACUGGGAUCUGAUGGAGGUUUGGAUGGCCUAUAUUUAGGAGGCAUUAGCCAGUGACCGGGGUCUGAUGGAGGUGUGGGUUGCCUACAGUAUAUGAAGAAGGAUAAUAGCUGUAUACACAGGACAUGGCAGCACAUGCGGAUAAUAUACCAGCAUCUGAUCCUGCUGAUUACUGUAUAUAGUUCUGUGCUCUGUGUAGAGAUUUUUGUCAGGGACAUCAUAUAAUUGUGGUCUGUACAUGAUCCAGGGAUCCUGAUAAUGGACUUUGUGCAAUGAAUUCUGUACACUAAUGUUGCUGCUUAUUAUGAAUUGUGUCCAAAUUUCUGGCUUUUUUGCCAAAAUAAUAUUUAUCACUACACGUAUCUGUGUAGAGUCUGCAUGUGGUGUCUCCAAAUAUCACAAUAAACCUUAUGAUUAAUUUCA